GGAGCUACUACUAUAGCCGGUAUGAGAUGGAUGACGACGAGGAGGAAGAGGAAGAGCAAGAGGAGGAAGACGAGGGGGUCGAUUUGGAGGAGUAUGGGGUUAGGGAGGAAGUGGGGGGGUAUGGGGAGGGGGGAGCGAGUGUGCUGGGGAAGCGGGGGAGGGGGAGGGGGAGCGAGGGGCUGGAGAGCACAAUGAGGAGGGCGGUGGGGUUCCUGGAGGGGCGGGGAGAGGAGGUUGGAGAGGGGGAGGAGGACGAAGACGUGGUGGUGGUGGAGGAGGCGGAGGAGGAGGAGGAGGAGGAGGAGGAUGCGGAGGAGGUGGAGGAGAGGCGGGUGUGGGGGUUGAAGCUGCCGCACCGCUUCCACGUGGGCACGCCGGUAGAGGUGGCGUCCAACGAGGAGGGGUUGAGGGGCAGCUGGUUCACGGGCACGGUGCUGCAGAUGGAGGCACGCCGGGCGCUAGUGCGCUACGACCAGCUGCUGGACGACGCGGGCACCUACCAUCUCGAGGAGUGGUGGGAGGGUGUCAUCACAGCACUGUCAGACGAUGCCGCAGCCAACAUGGCUACGGUCGAAUUCCCAGGCUAUGGUGAGAUGGCGCAGAAGCAGCUGACGUGGCAGCAGCUGCGGCCGUCGAUGCUCUUUGAUGUGCGGGAGCGGGAGUGGGUGAUGGUGAGGGCGCAGGCCGUGGGGGAGGGGGUGGCGGUGGAGGAGGAGGAGGAGGAGGAGGUGGAGGUGGAGGAGGUGCCUCCUGCUCCCAUGGUGCUUGUGAGGGUGAGACCCAGCACUGCCAAGGCCCAGGGGCCGCCCCCCUUUGCAUGGCAGGGGAAGGGGAAGGGGGAGGGCCAGGGGCAGAGGCAGGGGCAGGGGGCGAGGGAGAGCGCGAGGCAGAGAGAGGGUCCCCUGGUAUUGAAGCCGUGUCCACGGUUCAUAAUUGCUCCAGGGCCAUUGCAGACUAACACCAAGUGGGAUGGGGUAGAGUAGAGUAGCUUCAUCGGAGCAGUAUUCCCGUUGAUGUGAUAUGGAAUCAAUGGGGUUGGCUGGGAUAUGUGUUUGCCUAAUUGACUCCUAAUUUCAGUAGUUGACAAAUCUUGCUCUUGUCCUUUUUUCUUGUAGGGGUUGUGGGGCAUAGGAUGCAUUUUUGUGUCUUGGAAUUAACAAAACUUUUCAAG